GUCGAUUGUUUGUCUAAUCUUAAUCUGCUUUCCCAAAAAGCUCAGUUUGUCAGAACCACCACGUUAGCUGUUGGCACGACGAUGCGCACUGGGGGCAGAGCCACCGGACACGAUGGGGGCUACGCUUCAAAGCUAGUGCUCCAUGAAUCGUCAUGCACGAUGCACCCUUUGGAAUUGGGAUCGAGCUAGACCGAGCGCCCGGAGGACUUUCUUUUUCACUAUAAGGCGCCGAACAAAACGAAUGAUGCGAGAGGAAGAAGACAAGCACGGCGCCAAUGUCCAAAGAAACGAACGACUCCAAAACGCAACUGCAGGCCAUUGGAUUUGGCAGCAGCCUCGCUGCGUGUCUUCUCCUAACGCUGCUCGCUGCUUGUCCUCUUCGCUCGGUGGCCGCGGCGCCAGCGGCCAACCGCACGCAGCGCCAGAUGGCCAGCAGGCCUCCCCCCGUCAAGACAAUCCAGAUUGAUGGCGGUGAUCUUAUAGACUGCGUUCCAUCUCAUCUGCAACCGGCAUUUGAUCACCCGAAGCUUCGGGGCCAGAAACCACUGGAUCCUCCUGAGAGACCAGCUGGAGGCUUCAACGUGAGCAGCAGCACAGUAAACGAAGUGAGCCUGAUCUCCUUUGGCUUUGAGUCGUGCCCUCCCGGCACGGUGCCGAUAAGGAGGACGACGCAGGAAGACAUUCUGAGAGCCAGCAGCAUUCGACAAUUCGGGAAGAAGCCGGUGCGCCGGGACUCCACCGGCAGUGACCAUGAGCACGCUGUUGGUUAUGUCGUGGGGAAUCGGUACUACGGCGCAAAGGCUAGCCUCAGCGUUUGGGCACCGGCGGUGACGUCGGUAUCGGAGUUCAGCUUGUCGCAGAUAUGGCUAAUCUCUGGCUCCUUUGGCGAUGAUCUCAACACCAUUGAAGCUGGCUGGCAGGUGAAUCCUCAGCUGCAUGGAGAUGGCAGGCCCAGGUUCUUCACAUACUGGACUAGUGAUGCUUACCAACAGACAGGUUGCUACAACCUCUUGUGCUCCGGCUUUGUCCAAACAAGCAAUAAGAUUGCCUUAGGGGCAGCGAUCUCGCCGACUUCAGCAUUGAAUGGUGUCCAAUUCGACAUUGAUCUUCUUAUAUGGAAGGACCCGAAACAUGGGCAUUGGUGGCUUGAACUUGGGUCAAGACUAGUGGUGGGAUAUUGGCCAGCAUUUUUGUUUAGUCACCUAGCCGAACAUGCGAAUAUGGUGCAAUUUGGAGGAGAGACGGUGAACACUCGGUCGUUGGGUUUGCACACAUCAACGCAAAUGGGGAGCGGGCAUUUUGCCGAAGAAGGAUUCCGAAGAGCCUCUUACUUUCGCAACUUGCAACUAGUGGAUUGGGACAACAACUUGAUCCCCUUGUCAAACCUCCGCCUCUUGGCCGACCAUCCUAAUUGUUAUAGUAUUCGAGGAGGGGCGAACGGAGCAUGGGGAAGCUAUUUCUACUAUGGAGGACCAGGAGGAAACAUGAGAUGUCGUUAAGCACAAUGUCUAUGUAUUUUUGGAGUGCUUCUAUAGAUGCAAGGGAAGCAUUUGAGAUUUAUUACACUUUAACACUGUAAUGUUAUAUUAAUUAGUAGAAUAAUGUAAUUAGUCUUCUAUGGAGUUAUUACAAAUGCCACUUAUUGUAGAAAAAAAAGGCAUUGCAUGUUUUUAUAUGAA